AUGGCAGGGAAAACACUUAGCUUUAAAGAUGUCGCUGCGUUCCUGCUGCAGUCGCGUGAGGCGGCAGAACGAUCGGAUCCCCUCGCACGGCCCAGUCUCGAGCUGGUAGAGGAAUUCGUGGAACAGAACAGGGAUCUUGUAGUCAAUUUGGCUCAAUGGGAUGGGCCCUGCGAGAUGCAGAAACCAGAGAUUGUACAGUCGAUUACCGUCAGAGGUACACAGGUCAGCGGGAUCACAGAGAGCGAUUGUCGCUGUGCGUUCGCGCUUGCAAAGACAUUCCAAUUGAAUUAUAAAGAUACACUAAGGGUUAUUGUCCGCGAGAGCUCCAGGGGCCAGAAGGGAGGGAAUAUUGACGAGAGUACACUUGUGUCUGGCUUGAUUGCCGUCUUGGAGGAGAGAGACGCAACUAUGGACGUGGCCUUCCACAGCAUUGACCGUUCAGAUUUGUCGGAAUCUCAAGGGAAAGCCGUAUUGGGAAGACGCAAAGAAAUGAUACAGCAUCUGUUUCAGAAUCUGAAACAGCUUGUCGCAAAUUUCACCAAGUUAAACGAAAUGGAUGCCACAACGGCCUCAGCAAUCGUAACGGACCUGUCAGGAAACGACGGUACAAUGUUGAAACUGAUAGAAUUGAAAAACUGGAAGGACGUUAUCCACAUCACCAAAAUUUUGAAACUUUUGGCAAACGUCUUGCUAAAUUUACCCCUUCAGACGGACUUCGUCGUGGAUUGGUUCAACGAGGUGCCCAAUUUUACCCAUUUUUGGGAAAACACGUUACUCGUCUCAGUACCAGAUCUACCCUUUUCUAUCGUGGCCCAACUGGAAGCACUGAUCACUUUGAACUCUCUUCUUGUUCUAGGGUUCGACAGCACAAUAUCCGCGAUAAAUACUGAUACACCGUACUUUCAGGACAUAAAAACUUUCAUCAAGAUACAAUCCAUAAUCGAAACCCAAUUAACUCAUGAUCCAGUGUUGCUGUACAUGUGGUCGUUCGCACUCUUCACCAAAGCGGUGCUAAUAGACGAGGGAUCUGAUGAAACUUUUAUGAAUGAAUAUUUGAUUGCAAAUAAUAACAACUCACCGAGCACAGUAUCAACUGUCUUUGCCUCAAAAGCUGAAAAAUUAAACGUUUUCCAGACCAUUUCAGAUCUGACAGAGUCCCUGUCAUCAGAUGUAUUGUACCCUACGAUAAUGUCCUCAUUUGUCACAUUCAUGCUGAAUUUUGUUCCCUUGACUACAGAGGUUACACAGAUGAUCAAGAUUGUUAUGAAGAAAGUACCAACAGAAUUCAUAGAGAAGUUUUUAACCACGGACAUUUUUGAGAGAAGGCUGGCAGUACUGAAGGCAAAGCUGCCAUUGAUCAAUGAAGCGCUUUUACCCCUGAUCAAUAUAUCAUCGAUAAAUUUCGAGUUCGCAAAUUUUGAAUGGAAAGAACUGAACACUUAUGCGUCAACGACAAAAUUGGGAGAACUAGACUACGAUCUUGCUGAUCUCGAUAGGGGGGACAACGCUGCACUGGUGUCACAAAAUGACCUCAUAGUAUUGAAGCAGGAAACACUAAUAAAUCCACCCUUGGAAAACGAUUCUACCGUAAAAAUGCCGAUUCCAUCAAACACUAAGGGUAAAAUCCUAGAUACUGGGCUCGAUGAUAGCUUGGUAAUUUUUCUACUUGACUACAAUGGUUGGUCCGUUUUGGGUAGAGUCCUCCAUAACCUGUGCGAAGCGUACUUCGAAAAGGGCAAAGAUUUGGAUUCCCGAAGUAUAAACUUGAUGAUAUCCAUCAUAGAACUGAUUGGUAGUGUAGUGGGCCCCUGUUUGCCAAACGAAAAAAAGGGAUCAGAGAUCUUACAAUAUCUGGCGAAUAACCUAAAUGGUGGCGAUAUUGUUUCUGUAAUGUUUAAAAUCUAUGAGAUCGCUCUUAAUAAAAGAGAUUACCGAGUCACCUGUGCAUGCGCUGAAUUCACGAACAAUCUCGUUGUCAACUUCCCACAUUUUGUUUGGUCAUACCUAACACGCUCCUCCCUUUUCGACAGAUACGGUAAAACAGGAUUAUCUUCUAUCUUUUUAGGAACGCUGGAAUUACCUAACGGUGAGUACGGAUUCACCAUUCACCUAUCAGAAUUGGCAAUCCGGUUGGUGGAAGAUGCAUUGACACUGCAAAAAAGUGUCUCGACGAGAAUACAAAAGGACAUUCUACAAAAACUGGCUCAACAGUUAAUAAACAUUUUUGAAAGUUGCCAGUCUUGGAAGUUCAAUGAUUUGAAUCAAAGGUUCAAACUGUGUUAUAACUUGACAUCAUUCUUCUCUAAAGCACUGUACAACGUUUUUGGUAUUGACCCAGACAACAAACCAGAAAAGAAGGUCACCAAAGUUUUGGGAGAUAUUAGUGAUAUGAUUAUAAAAACGUUUCUAAGAUCUCAUUCUGCAGACUCCUAUUCGGCAACUUCACUACUGAACAUCUUAACAUCACAAACUGAAAACCAUAUGGCGACUCUAGGAAACAAGGCAUACGGAUUAAUGUACACGAAAUUGAUCAAAUCAUCGUUCGAGCUAACCAACCUACUGAUUGCUAUGCGAGAUCUGCUGAAUCUUCAGCCCAGCAUCUUUGAGAAAGCAAUUUUUUCUAACGCAGCAACCUUUGCGGAGUUCUAUAUCGGUAGCCCAGCCCUGAAAAGAAAGAUUAUAAACCUAUUCGGUUAUCUCAUCAGUGCAACGUGGAACGGGGAUACUCCAUUUUUACUGUCAUAUCUGGGUGAAAUGAACUCAAAGAAGUUAUUGAACAGCAUCAAUGAGGACCUACAAAAACCAUUGAAAAACUUUCAUUUAUUAAGAGACAUUUACACAUUUGUUGGAAUAUUAAUGAAGAGCAAACAGGAUGGACUGGCAAUAUUAUUUUUAACGGGCAACAUCGCCUCUAGAAAGACCCUUGAAUCAACGGACGUAGGAGCCAAGAAAAGUACGACCAAAGAUGAUGGUGCGACAGAUAGCUCAAUACUCAACACCUUAAAAGGCAACGCACAGAAUAUGGUCAGUCUUCCUGAGUUUGUGUCAUGUGCGUUGCUUGAGGCAAUUGCAUUCUCGUUCAACUCGUGGGUUCACUCUAAAAGUUUAAAUUUAGUGAAGGAUACCAAUUUUAUUAGUGUGCUUAUGAAGAAGGUCAACAGUUUCAAACCUCAACCAUUAUACAAGACUGACGAUAUGACAAAGAAAAAGAUGAUUACCCACUACUCCAAAGAAUAUAGACUGAUAUCUAGGAUUGUAGAGGUGUUUGCGUUGUAUCUUUACUCCUCUCCAGAUUCUAAUUCUGAAAUAUAUCGUUUCCUAAACCAACGGAAUUUAUUUGAAAUUGUGAACCCUUAUUUUGAGAUUGACAUGGAUCACCCAGCCGUACAAGAAGCUGUCAAUCGCGACUUUGCGAAUACAUUUGAGGGGUACACUUUAUCUCAAUUCAAACUGUCUGUUCUGAAUAGAUCAAGCUCUAUCUUCCAGCACGGGGUAUUCAACAUUCCACUUAUGGACAGAAUGUUUGGUAAUAAUCCUCGAUGGACGCUUGAUAAUUCUGGUGGUAGCAUCAGAAGCCGUAUAAUCGAUCUUUCAUUGAAUUUGAAGUAUAUCCAUUAUCAAAUAUCCGCGGCGAAAUCGUGGGGCGCGUUAUUGACCUGUUUUGUAAAGGCUUCCAAAGCUCCGCUAAAUGAUGAGUUCAUGGACAUUGUCCAGCAUUUCUUACAAUACAGCAUUGGUGAUGACGAUACUAGCAAAAAGAGAUAUGCCCAGAUGUACCAAGAAAGAAUUGAACUAAGUUUCUACAUUCUUUAUGCCUUCAAAAACAGUGGAAAAACUUUUCCAGAUAAAAAACUUCUAGAUGUCUUGUCAUUACUGAUAACCACAUUUGAAAAUGAAGGUUCAUUGCAAGCAGACGUUAGAAAUAUUUUGCCUAGCGAGAUGCAAAGAUCGGAGUAUCGUCCAAUUCUGCGAUCUGUUCUGAUCAUUUUGAAUCUAACAAAAUCGGACCAAACUUUUGUUGAAUUGGCAGGACCUCAGUUAUUGAAAUUUCUCCAGUGCUCGUUUUCCCAGGGGGUCUAUGUGAUAUUUUCUAGUAUCUUAGCAGACAUAACUGCAUCGACAAAUACGGGUCUUCAAGGCUGUGUUAUUUACAACCUUGAAGACAAAAUCCAAAACUUGUUCCUACUCCUUGCAUUGCUCAACAAGAUCAAAGACAUGAAUCCGUCUGAGAAGUUUAAGACGAUGUUUGCGAUAUCUCUAGACUCGAUCGGAACCAUAAAGGUCAUUUUAAGCCUAUAUUCCAGUUCUCACUUGUUUAGGAUCAAUGACGAACCCAUCAUAGGGCACAUAACUUUGACAUUCAUUUCACAGCUUUGUACGAUAUCCACCAUUGCUGAAAACUUCAUUAAGAACGGACUUUUUGCGGUGUUAUUGGAGAGUCCUUUGUCAGUAGCCUUACAAAACGGUAGUAUUAAACCAGAGAACCAUCCUAGACUGCACAAUAUCUGGAGUAACGGAUUGUUGUCUAUCCUGCUGCUGUUGCUUAGUGGCUUUGGGGCAAAAAUCUUACCAGAGGCGUGUUUAUUUGCUUCUUAUUUUGGAAAGCAGAUAAAGACUGCUACAUACAGCUGGUCUGAUCCUGAUUUGGCUGUCUCAAGUGCAUUGAUAAGAGAGACAUCGCAGCUAAUUCUGUUACAGAAAAUGCUAGCAGCACUACACUAUCAACGAUACCUAAACACUACCACAAGACCUAAAGUAACAUCUUCCUCGUCUAGCGAGGAAGUAACUGAACUAAUUUGUGGAUUGGAUACUGGCGAGGAAAGAAGAGAAUUGAAUGUCGCCCUGAAGAAACUCUUGACUCAUCCUAAGUACUUGAAUUCAAGAAUAGUAGGGGUUACAGUGGAGGAACUACAGCUGCUUGACCACGAGCCUUCCAGAACCGAAUUUGUCAAGAAUAUCAACCGUGAAAUCAAAGAGUUGCAAGAGGGGCUACUGGAAAAUAUUUGA